CCCCGCCCUGGCUGUGCCGUCAGGGAGGCCAGGCUGGUUGAGUCAGUCCCCUGCCUCCAGUAAAUAUUUGUAUUAGCAGGAGCCGGUUCUGUAAUGGUGGCUGCGCUGUGAGCGCCACAGACCCAGGGACCCCAGGGCACAGCAGGCAGCGAGCGGCGGCGGCGGCAUGUCGGUGAACAUGGACGAGCUGAAGCACCAGGUCAUGAUCAACCAGUUCGUGCUGACCGCGGGCUGCGCCGCCGACCAGGCGAAGCAGCUGCUGCAGGCGGCGCACUGGCAGUUCGAGACUGCGCUCAGUGCUUUUUUCCAAGAAACAAACAUCCCCUACAGCCAUCACCAUCAGAUGAUGUGCACUCCAGCCAACACGCCCGCCACGCCCCCCAACUUCCCCGACGCCCUCACCAUGUUCUCCCGCCUCAAGGCCUCCGAGAGCUUCCACAGCAGCAGCCCUGUAGCAUCUAUGGCAACCUCCCCUCCUCCCCCACCCCCACCGCUCCCCCAGCCCGGAGGCUUCAACCCAGCCUGGCCUGCAGCUCUCCCCUCCAGCCAGCAACAGCAGAGCAUGUGGACUUCGCCCCCGCCCUCGCAGCCAUCGGGCUGGCCCGCCACAGUCUCCCAACAAGCCACGGCAGAACAGAAGGCCAAUGUGACCAUGGAGGCCGAGAGAUGAGGGAGCGGGAACACAAUGUGGGGAGGGCCCACAUGGCCCCAGCAUUCAUUUCCCUUUCCCCUUUCUGAGGAGGAGAGGAACUUUGUUGCCUCGGAGACUGGCAACCACAGUCAGACAGUCAGACACAUGAGCAAAUAGCCACCUUGCAUGGGUUUGGUUUGAAGUAGUUUUUACUUGUCCCAGAGCUGACCAGAGCUCCCCAGAGACCCCGGGGAGGCCACGCUGAAUGCAAGAGCCAUCUCUGGCUUCUGCUUCCUGGAGCCUGACUUUAUAGGAAUCUCUCAGUGAGGGGACCCUCCUCCGAUCUUUCCUGCUGGGAUUCUGGAUUUUUGCAUGCAAGUGACUUUUGGAGGGGAGUGGUAAAUCCCUUCUUCAUGAUCCACUUCUCCCUCCUAACACCUGGAGGAGUCCCACUGGCAGGCAGAAUGGGGCUGUGGGUAAUACACAUUUCCCCCUCCCUACACGGUUCCCCCAACCCCGCCGAAGGGAGUUUUUUUAAGGAAAAAUUGAAAAAAACAAUUUCUGCUCACUGUGGGCCUCGAACCCAUGCACUGAGCUCGCAUUGUACUGAGAUGGAGGUAAACGGGGGCUCCUUUGGAGAAAUAUAGCCACUUGUUCUCUAUGAUCCCAGCUUUCUGCUUUCCCCAGGAUGAGGACCUGCACCCCCUUUCAGAGCCUGGGGGAUCAGAUUCCCAUUGAGAUGUGUGGGUGAGGCUGGCUGGGCGCAACUGGGCAGUCUCCUCAUGCUGCCGGGAUGGGAUCUGGCGCCCUUUGCAUGACAGCGUAUGCCCCACGGAGGCUGGGCUUGCUUUGACACCCUCUGUUCUUUGCUCCCUGUGGGGGGAAGGCCCUUCGGACGCGCUCUGGCGGCGCCAGGCCUGGGCAUUCCGCAGUGGCUGCUUGCAAUACAUGCUCUUCUGCUUUGAA